AUGGCCGCCAUCAAAGCGCUGGAGCAGUGGUGCAAAAGUCAGUGCGAUGGAUACAAGGAUGUGGCCAUCACCAACAUGACCUCGUCUUUCAGGAACGGAAUGGCUUUCUGCGCACUUAUACAUAAAUACAGACCCGACUUGAUAGAUUUUGAGUCCCUGAAAAAGGAGGAUGUGUUUGAGAACAACAGACUGAGCAGCAAGGCCGAACUCAAGGUGCUGCUCCUGGAUGGUUUGGUGGAGAGGGGCUUGCGUUUGAUCCCAGAGGCUGAGAGGUCUGAUGAGAGCAUCGUGCAUGCGACUACCCCGAGACGUACGGAGACGCCUGCGGAUGGCCCUCCCGGAGCGGAGCCUCCUUCCUCUCCCGGCUCAGUUGGUGGUGCUCGGCGCGCUUUGCGGCUGGCACGCAUCAAGAUGGAGGCCGAGCAGAAGGAUCGGGACCGCAGUGCCGAGCUCGAACUGCAUAUACGGAGGCUUGAGAUCGAGGCUGACAAAGCUGUGCGCCUCAGACGCCUUGAGCUGGAGGCCGAAGGCCGCCUCCCCAGUCCUACUCAACGCCCGGGCGUCGCUGCACCUGCCACAGCCCUCUCCCCAGCUGUUCAUGACUCUCUUGACCCUGAUCGUCCACGCUCUCCUGGAACCUCCACAAGGGACAGAGUCUGCUUCUACUGCCGCGAGCCCGGACACGUAAUCGCAGACUGCCCUACUCUCAGACAAAAGGAAGAGUGUUCAGCUCCAAACGUUCAGAGCAUUGGGUUAAUUCAAUCUGGCCUAGUAUCACUGAAUGGCGAAGCACCAGAUCAACGCCCCAUCCGUAUCCUACGAGACACUGGCGGUUCCCAGAGCUUGAUUUUGGCCAGUGCUCUCCCGUUUUCAUACCGCUCUUACUGUGGUUACAGGAGUGUGUUACGGGGAGUUGAGAUGGGCUACCGCCCGCGGCCCGUUCACUCUGUUCAUGUCCAGUCAAACCUCGUUACAGGAAAGUUUCCGUUAGCUGUUGUCCCUGCGCUACCCAUUGAAAAUGUAGACAUGAUUUUAUGUAAUGAUUUGGCAGGGGGCAUGGUGUUUCCUCCCCUGUUGGAGGCGGUUCUGUCCCCGCUUGUGUGUGCCUCUGAUCGUCAGAUGCCCACGGGUUGUGCUGUGGCGCACACCCGUCCUCCAGAACAGUGCGGUUGUAGUCUGCCCGCCAGUCCAGUGAAACCACGAGUACCGCCGCACUUUACUCCACCCGCCACUUCUGCUUUCCAAAUAGCAGAGGAGAAGUUGGGGAUCCCAGCGCUGUUGGAUGCAGAGGACAUGGUGGCUUUGAGGGUCCCAGACAGACUCAGCAUCCUGACGUAUGUCUCGCAGUAUUACAACUACUUCAGAGGACGACCUCCCAGUGGAGGUGUGAAGAGGCCAGCAGAGGGCUCCAAGGAAGAGCCGUCCAAAAGGAACCUCCCUGUUGUUGCCAAAAACUUUGUGUCAAAAAACUCUAUUGAGAAUCGGACUCCUGCGAAACACCCAGGUCCCACUUCUUCCAAGACCCCCAGCAAUGAUGCUCAGAAGACGGUUCUGUCAGACAGUGCCAACAACAGCGGGACUCUGAACAGUAAAUGUGUCGCCUGCAAAAGCCACGUGCACCUGGUCCAGAGGCACUUUGUGGAAGGAAGACUGUACCACCGGAGCUGUUUUAAGUGCAGUGAAUGCUCAGCCUGCUCAGCCUUCAUCGCAGACUCCGACCAAAACCGGACCUGGCGUUUCAGCGGUUCGCCAAAAACCACCCACUCCUCCACGCCCCUCGUCUGUGCUCUGCUCUCCGCUCAAAGCUGGCCCAAAACCGUCCAGUCCAGCACCUGCUUCCACUGCCUCCACUCCGCCUCCACCACAUGUGCCCUGGACUACGUCAGCUCAGAAGACACAAGCAGCAAGGGAGAGGUUUUUCCAAAGUCCCGGCAAUGCGAAUACAAAAACUUUUACGCCGUCUUCGUCAAGCCUCAGUAA